GCGCCGGGCGCGGCCAUUCUGCUGGGAUGUGCGCGGUGCCAUCGGUAGACGACAUUCCUUGGAUUAUAAAGCCUUCCAGGUGCAAUGGCAGAUCCCAUCCGCUGGGCCCGAUACCGUUGGCAGCGACUGAUAUCAGCAGAGGGCAGGGAAAGCAGCAGCAACAAUUCAAGUAGCAAGUACCAUCAAUCAUCAAAAACUACGGGCAAACAUAGGGUAGUGAUACCCUGUUUGGGACAUUUUAAAGAAGAGUAUGAAAAAGUAUCAAAACUAUACAUGAACAACAAAAUACGGACUACUAAGUAUACUUUACUGAAUUUUUUACCACGGAAUUUAUUUGAACAAUUUCACAGAGUUGCCAAUUUGUAUUUCCUAUUUCUAGUUGUCCUAAAUUGGGUUCCUCUGGUGGAAGCUUUCCAAAAAGAAAUUACAAUGCUACCUCUGGUAGGGGUUCUGACAGUUAUUGCAGUGAAGGAUGGUUUGGAAGAUUACUCAAGAUACAAAAUGGAUAAACAGAUAAACAACUUGCUAACCAAAGUAUAUAGCAGGAAGGAGAAGAAAUACAUAGAUGAAUGCUGGAAAAAUGUCAAUGUUGGAGACUUCGUCCGACUUUCACGUAAUGAAAUCAUUCCUGCUGACAUGGUGCUGUUAUAUUCCAGUGACCUGGAUGGGAUCUGUUACAUUGAAACAGCAGGCCUUGAUGGAGAAACCAAUCUGAAGCAGAGACAGGUGGUGAAAGGAUAUGCAGAGCAGGUCUCUGAAAUUGAUCCAGAGGAAUUUUCCAGUAGAAUAGAGUGUGAAAGUCCUAACAACAACCUCAGUCGAUUCCGAGGCUUUGUUGAGCAUUCAAACAAGGAUCGAGUGGCUCUCAGCAAGGAAAACUUACUCCUGCGAGGAUGCACAGUAAGAAACACAGAAGCUGUUGUAGGCAUAGUGGUUUAUGCAGGUCAUGAAACCAAAGCCAUGCUGAAUAACAACGGCCCUCAUUACAAGCGCAGUAAAUUGGAAAGAAAAGUGAACACUGAUAUUCUUUGGUGUGUUCUACUUCUAAUUUUGAUGUGUUUAACUGGAGCAAUGGGCCAUGGAAUUUGGUUAACUAGGUAUUCGGAAAUACCUUUUAUGAACAUCCCCAAGCCAGAUGGGAAAUCGGUUCCUCCAAUAUUAGCAGGGUUCUAUAUGUUCUGGACGAUGAUAAUUUUAUUACAGGUCUUGAUCCCAGUUUCUCUCUAUGUUUCAAUUGAAAUUGUCAAAUUGGGACAGAUCUAUUUAAUACAGAAUGACAUUGAUUUUUACCAUGAGAAAACAGAUUCAACUAUUCAGUGUCGAGCACUGAAUAUUGCUGAAGACCUUGGCCAGAUUCAAUAUAUCUUCUCUGACAAGACUGGAACCCUCACUGAAAAUAAAAUGGUUUUUCGGAGAUGCAGCAUUGCAGGACAGGAGUAUUGCCAUGAGGAAAAUGCAAAGAGGUUGGAAUCCUAUCAAGAGAUGGAUUCAGAGCAUGAGGAUUCGGUUGAUUGUCAGUGUGGCUCUGCAACACAUAUGUCAAAAUGGCAGAGGCACAACUGCAGAGCUGUGUGUGAACCUUUGAACAGAAAGUCUUUGAACCAGUUGUCUGGUAGUUACCCUGCAUUCAUAAGGGAAGAUGGAGCAGGUGAUGGUCCCCACUCAGGACACAUGGCUUUCAGCAGUCCCAUUGAAACAGAUGUUAUACCAGACACACAGCUGCUGGAGAAGUUCAGUCAAAUUUCUUUUCAUUCCUAUCAAAAGUCAGAAGAAGCUAGCAGCAAGUUAUCUUUGGAGACAAUGUAUAUCACUGACUUCUUUCUUGCUCUGGCAAUCUGUAAUACUGUUGUGGUUUCAGUCCCCCAUCAGCCACGUCAGAAGAUGAGACUCUCUUCACUGGGUAGGAUGCCUAUUAAAUCGCUUGAGGAUAUCAGGCAAAUGUUCCAGAGGCUGUCAGUCCGGAGACUGAGUUCCUCCCCACUUCCAAGUGUGAAGGAGUCAUCAUCUGAAAGCCCCAAUAGUUUUGUGAGAAAACUGUCUAUUUUCAGAAUGAAACUGGCCUCACCUGCUUUAGAUGGAGCUGCUCAAAGGGCUGGUGAACCUCACAAUACUGACAGCCCAGAAAAUUCCCAAGUGCCUCAGGAACUAGAUAUGGUGAAUGGAGCUGGCUGUGAACCCAACAGUGCUGUGUCAUCUAUUGAGUUAUCUCCCUUACCUAAACUAUGUUAUGAAGCCGAGAGUCCGGAUGAAGCUGCUUUGGUUCACGCUGCCAGGGCUUAUAAAUGCGUUUUACAGUCUAGGACUCCAGAUCAAGUAACUGUGGACUUUGCAGGUCUGGGAUCUUUAACGUUUCAGCUUCUGCAUAUCCUGCCUUUUGAUUCACUGCGGAAAAGGAUGUCAGUGGUGGUUCGGCAUCCGGUCUCCAACAAAGUGGUGGUGUACACAAAAGGCGCAGACUCAGUCAUGAUGGAUUUGUUGAGAACUGCAUCUGAAGCAUGUACUAAUAAUUCAGAAGUUGAAGAGAAGAUUAAAGAGAGAACUCAGCAGCAUUUGGAUGACUAUGCCAGAAGAGGACUGCGCACUCUGUGUAUUGCUAAGAAGGUGAUGAGUGAUGCAGAAUAUGCAGAGUGGUUAAAUCAUCAUUUUUUAGCAGAAACCAGUAUUGACAACAGGGAGAAGCUGCUGCUUGAAUCUGCCACGAGGCUUGAGACAGAACUAACUUUGCUCGGUGCCACUGGCAUUGAAGAUCGCCUGCAGGAGGGUGUUCCGGACACGAUACAGGCAUUACGGAAAGCGGGAAUAAAAAUAUGGAUGCUGACAGGUGACAAGAGAGAGACAGCUGUCAACAUUGCCUAUGCUUGUAAGCUGCUGGAACCAGAUGACAGAAUCUUCAGUCUUAAAUCACAAAGUAGGGAUGUCUGUGCCUUGGUAAUGAGCAAAAUUUUAGAAGACAUCCAGAAGAAUGCUUCUGCCAAAAAAAACCCCAGUCAGAAGCUUGGAAAUGUCUCUACAAGUCCCUCCACCCAAGCUCCAGGGUUCAGUGCAGGCCUGGUUAUUGAUGGAAGGACUUUAGAGCAUGUCCUUCAUGACAGCCUACAGAAUAUUUUCUUGGAACUCACAGAAAAAUGUCGGGCUGUAGUCUGCUGCCAAGCCACACCACUACAGAAGAGUGUCCUGGUCAAGCUGGUGCGAAGUAAGCUAAAGGCAGUGACGUUAGCUGUAGGUGAUGGUGCCAAUGACGUCAGUAUGAUCCAGGUGGCUGACACUGGUGUGGGAAUAUCGGGCCAAGAAGGCAUGCAGGCUGUGAUGGCAAGUGACUUUGCAAUCUCUCAGUUUAGACACCUCAGGAAGCUGCUGCUUGUCCAUGGUCACUGGUGUUAUACCAGACUUGCCAACAUGGUGCUUUACUACUUCUACAAGAAUGUGACCUACGUGAACCUCCUAUUUUGGUACCAGUUUUUCUGUGGGUUUUCAGGCACAUCAAUGACUGACUACUGGAUCUUGAUUCUUUUCAAUCUCCUUUUUACAUCGGUGCCACCCAUCAUUUACGGUGUCUUGGACAAAGAUGUAUCUGCAGAGAUACUCAUGCAGCUCCCACAGCUGUACAUAAUGAGCCAGAAAUCUGUGGCUUACUUGCCUUCAACUCUCUGGAUAACCUUGCUGGAUGCUUUUUACCAAAGUCUGGUUUGCUUUUUUGUGCCUUACUUUACUUACUAUGACUCAGACAUAGAUAUUCUUUCUUUUGGAAACCCUAUAAACACAGCAGCGCUCUUCACAAUACUGUUUCACCUUCUCAUUGAGUGCAAGUCUGUGACUUGGAUACAUACAGUAGUUAUAGUUGGCAGCAUCCUGUUUUACUUUAUCUUCACUCUGGCUUUUGGAGCAACCUGCAAAACCCACAACCCACGAUCAAAUUCUUACUGGAUCAUGGAAAAGCACAUAACAGACCCAGUAUUUUACUUAGUUUUCCUCCUGACUACUUGUGUUGCUCUGCUACCCAGAUAUUUUCUGAGAGUUCUCCAAGGAACAUUGUUUCCAUCUCCGUUAUUGAGAGCCAAGCACCUUGACAGACUGACCCUGGAGGGGCAGACAGAAGCAAUUAAGAGAUGGAAAGAUGAGUGCAAUGUGAAUGAUAGAGGGGAGUCCCAAGCUACUUCUGUGUCUUUCAGUUCAGCUGCAGGUGCUGUAUCAGAGGAGGAAACCAUUGACAGUGUUUUGCCGACAUCUAAAACACCUUUUCAGGCCUGUUCAAGAGAUGGGUUAGUAGAGGACACCUCCUCCUUACUAGACAUUCAGGAUGAUUCUGGGAGUACAAAUGACUUGAACUCUAAAGAAUUUCUGAACUUAUCAAAGGAAACUAAUACAGAUACAUUUGGUGGUAUUAAUUCAUGUGCCAAAGUCUCUGUGUGUGCUUCUGAAGUGGGCAGCAGUGCUGUAUCUCCAGCAGAAAAAGCAGGUUUGAAUUCUCUUUUGUGUGAAGAAGAUGCUUUACUCUGUUUUACAAAGUUGGAAUGCUAACUGGUUAAACACAAGAGUAAUAACUGCUGAUUUAUGCUACACUGUGGUUCUGUUUUCUUCAACCAAGGUAGAUGACACACACAUUUCCUUAAAAGCUUUUUUGUUUAUAAAACUUUUCAAUAAUUUAUUAAGAUGUUCAAGAUCUCAGAGGCUGGGUUGUUUUUUAUAUAUCUUCAUACAGUAGACUUUGCAUACUGCUUAUUUCUUGUAUGCAACAUUGCAUAAUACGUAAUGGUAUUGCAUGGAUGCAGAUUUGCAGGAUCCAGUUAAGGUAAGUCAUCCUGCUCCUUUGCAGUGCUACCCUAGAAUCCUGGCAUUCCCUGGGAUUCACCAUUUGCUGAAGUGUGAAGUAAGCAGAAGGGCUGGGAUGUAAAGUUACUGGUUGGCUUGUUUCAAGACUUGUAGUUACUUGUUGCAGUGUGUGUACACAGUAAUUUCUAUAACCAUUAUGGUCCAGUUUGUUCACCAGGCUAUUGCAUGGGCCAUCUCACUGCUGGCCAAACACCUUUCUAACCAUCAGGAGAGCAGCCCAGAAGAGACAUGUGUCAUGUGUGUCCCUCACCUUUCUCUUCACGAAAAGAGCAAAUCCUAGUGCAGUCUUUUGUUCUCUGUGUUAGUUCAUCCUCCUACUGCAUCCCUCCAUUUUGACUCCAUGUACCAUUCCACAUUAUUUGCCACUGACAGGACUUCUUUUCCUCCCCACCCAAUUCAGAUGUUGACUGCUUGACUUUUCUGUAAACUGCCUCCUGCCUGCACUGCAGAAUUGUCUGGCAGUGGGUAACUCCGGUCUGUCUUCAGGCUUUCUCUUACAAAUAGCAGCUUCUAGCUGAUGAGAUCACUCUUUACUCUCAGGUGUUUUUACAUUCUUCCAGACUUUUAUAAUAAUCAGCUGAAGUGUCUCUAAAGGCUGCUCAGAAGAAGGUAUAGCCCACUGCAUAUCCCACAUCCGAGUGCUGUUGCUCAUCUCCUCUUGGAGGUAGAUGAGUCCUGCCUCUGUCAUUUUCCCACUGCUCAGCACACUGAACAAAGGUGGUUGAGGUACACAUGGCUACUUCUGGAUUCCAGACUAAAAUAUGGCUACCAUUUUACUUCCCUCCAUUUACUUCCCUUUGCCAGUUACAUGGCAGAUUUAUGGAGGAACUUAGGAAAAUUUUUUGUAUCCGCUAACACCUGUUGAAAUAAAAAAUUUCCUCAAACUGUAGCUGCUAAUGAAUUAUUAGUAUUGAGCCCAUUUUUUGGUUCUGUUACUUUCUGAAAGUUUCUGCUUUCCAGUUGCCAAGAUUUGUGUUUAUUUUUAGGCACUGUGUUUGGGGCAAGGGCUCUGCUUUUUAAUUGAACCAUGAGCUUUACACAUCAACGAUCAACAUUACAUAUUCCACAUCUUUUAAGAUCUCUGCAAGAAUUUAAACAAACGCUGUGAGGUCUGAGACAGCUGCUGCUAUGCAGGGCAGAUACUGAGGGUAUGCUAAGUUCAUUCAAAUGCCGGUCACCACAUGUUACCAAAAGUUUAAAACAGUUCUGUUUUCAAAAGGUAAAAUGUAAUUAGGGCUGACUCCAUCCCUAGUGUUAGUGAGGAGAAAAAGAGAAAAAUAACCCUUUUGUUUUUUCUUCUAUAGAAAUAAAAAAGAGGAAGGAGCCAGUGAUGACAGCUAUUUCUGAAUUUUUUUUUUUAAUCUGGUUGAACAUAAGAGAAAAUGUUUUGUUAAGUUCUAACAUCAAGUUAGUGGGGACCUUUGAAGUGAUGGCAGACAUUCAAAUUCUAAGAGAUCAUGUUGAGCAUGUUGAUUUGCAGUUACGUUUUCAGAUGUUUGUCUGUAACAUCCUUCUUGCUGUGGGGGCACCUUGCUAGGAGUGGCCUCCAGUUGUUCAAGUGAAACAUCUCAGCUUUCUCUACAAGCCAUGGGAGCUGCAAGGUGUCCAAAAAGAAGAUGCAAAACAGCCAGCAGGUUGUGCAGGGAGAUGAGCUGAUACAAGGGCAGAAUCAUACAGGAAGAGACUUACUGGGAUGCCGUGAAAUCAUCUACUCUACUGCACAGCCCCAAGGCAAGCUCGGCUCUACCCUUGCAAUUCGUAGCAGAUGUUCUCCUGUUGUAAAGAGCUCCAGAGAAACAGGCCAGGCCAGUGCUUUCCUGCCCUAGAAGUCAAAUACUGGUUUUGUUUCUAUUGUCUGACCUGAAUGAAUCAUCUGCACCUUAAACCUACGGCACUUGUGUCUACAGGGCAGAUUGUUUUUAUGUUCUGUGAGUCUGUGUCUAUGACUGUUGAGCUUUUAUGGAGGAGCUUUGAGACUUAGCAGUGAUCUGAGGGAGUGCAGGGCUCAGCUCUGUCCCCUCCUGUCACUGUGAAAAAGAGUUUGGAGGACAACACUGGCCUGUGACCUGCCCUCUUAUUGCCUCUGCUACAGGAGCAGAACCUACCAGCACAUUUGUCAGGUAGAUCAUUUGGAGUCAGGAAUUCACAUGGGUCUUACACAAAAGCCGCAAAUAUUCAGAGUGAGAUCUUCCCAAACCUGUCUGUAAGCCAUGGCAUCAAAAUAACUACAUGAAGAAAAAUAAGUUGGAGUCAUCUGUCAGCCCUUAGACCAGCUGCAUGAUGCUCUGGGACAUUUAAAUUGCUAUUAUGUGACUCUUUACAAGCAUGAUCACCCCACUGCUCACAGCUUAGUGCAGGACGCAUCUUAAACUGGAUGAAAGCUGAUUUCAUUUGGGUCUCAAAAGCGCCAGGCUCUGUGGGUUACUGUGAAACUUCAGAUCCUUUUAAAUGUUUCUCUCUGCUGAGAUUGUGUUUUUGUACCACUUGAAAUGGUGCAAAAUAACACACACUUUUUUUAUUUUGUGUCUUGCAUCACUGAUGUAUUUGAUACUGCAUGUUGCUUAAAAUUGUCCUCUAUAGGUUGUGUUCUAGUAGAGGACUUUGAAAAGCAGUCUGGGUGAUAAAAUUAUCUGUUAUCCGCUGCAUAAAACACUUUUUUGGGGGGUUGGUUUUUUUUUUGGUUGGUUGGUAGUUUUUUGGGUGGGAAUUGGUUCAUUGGUUGGUUGGUUGGCUGGUAUUUUUGUGAUGGACAAGCAGCAGAAAUACCUGAGGGCUGUUUGCUGGGAUCACUUGCUGUCUUUUACUGAAGGGAAGAUGAAGGUAGUGAGUCUUUAGUAAAAGCUUCAAAAUGUUAAUUGGCCAUAUCUAAAGUGGUGCCAAAUGAAGGGUGCAAACGAAUUGCUCUCCCUAUACUUCUCAACAGUUCAAUGUUCCCUUUAUUAUUUUUUUUUAGCACUGAAAACAUCAUGAUCCCCUGCUUGCUUCUGCACUCCUGCACUUAGGCACAGCAUGACCUCACUUUUCCAUUUUGAAAACAAGCUUUUUAAGAUCAUCUCACAGGUGCCUUCCAGAUGUCAUGUACAUUUAGGCUUUUGUCGUUUUAAAAUAAACCAAAACAACCACUUUUAAUUGCCCCAAACUUUGCAGCUACACCUAGAGCAGCUUUAACUGCCUUUGUGAUGUGCAAUAUUUGAUUUUGCUUUCACUGCAGCCAUGCCUGUGCUAAACAUUUGCAGGAGGCAGUCAGCCAUUGCCUUUACUGAGCAAGUGUUUUGGCAGCACUGAGGUUUGGUCUGUACCUGGGGCACAAUUUCAGCUGAAUGUUUAGCCCAAGCCAUGUUUUUCCUCAGGCCCACUGGCUGCAGCUCAAGGCUGAGGAGAAGGCAAGGCAGAGUGCCUGCUGCUCCCACCAUCCCUGGCUCUCUGUGAAGGCUAAUGGACAAGUCCUGAAUGUGACUGUGUUAAGAUCAUUCUCACAACUGAAUUUCAGUGUGGGUUUUGUAUUAUUUGUUCUUGUUUUAUUCUGGUUGUGUUACUCUUGCCCUUAUGGUCCUGGCUACCUUACUGCAGUGAAAACAUACAUUUUAACUGUUUUAAGCUUCUGUGUGCUUUUUAUUUUGAUUUCAGCAUGUUUGCAUGUUGUUGAAAUGCUGUGUACAAGUUAAAAGAAGAUUGUUGUUUCAAACUAACUGUAUUCCAGAGAAAUAGCCAUAGAACAAAAUGUGUUCAGAUUGCAGAUUUAGUUUUUCAGAUUUCUCAGUCUGUUGCUGGUAAUAUUCUGUACUGGAAGCAUACACACAGAAGAAACUGAAAGUUUUACAGUGAUAGUAGUGCCAGAAUCUCCACAAGUGUUGCAGUGCUUACAGGCCUGUCAGGGCUGCUUAAAAAAAAGCCAGCUAAGGGUACAAAAAUGCUUUUUGGAGGCUAUUUUUAGGCAUUAUUGCUAAAGUUAUAACUUCACAUCUCCUUAUUACCAUUUAGUCUCUGUUAAGUUUAAAACACAUUUUCAACAGAGAAGUUACUUGGAAAAUGAUUGUAAAUUUUUAUUAGUACAACUAGAAAGACACGCAUCGGCUUGACUGUGUGGCAUUGCUUCCAUUUGGAGCUACUGCUGUGGUAGAAACAAAACUGACAAAUGUUACCUUACCUGUAAGAGAAAAAGUGUAAUUAUGAUCAACACGCAGGGAAAGACUUGCUACAGUGGAAGGAAGAGCAUGUUUGCCUAUUUCAUGUGCACACGUAAAAAAACCAGUAUAAAAAUACCUUUAUAAAAUUACAAAUUUCCUCUUUACACGGAAUGUUGUCAGACAGAGUUGUGUGGAAGGACAAGACCCAACUGCUCCCUCCUAAAGCCAUUUGGGAUGGGAUUUAGCCUGUAAUUUCUUCAUAGGAAUCCCAUACAGGAUCGGUCUAGACCGUAUGUUUAAGCAGGACUCUCCCUCAUUUCCUGGGAGGGACUGCUUGGAAACUGGUGGCAGGCCAAACCCAGUUAAUUAAAAUGUAUAAUUACAUGUUAUCAUUUAGUAAUGCUAAUAUCUACAUGAAUGAUUAUAUGUACUCCAGUGCUUUACAAUAUUCAAAGCUGAUAACCACUUCAUCUGGUGGAGAGAAGUCAGGCUGGGCUGCUCAUUCUGCAACAGCACCUCUUUGGAAAACAGACCUGGCUGAAACAUGUUACCAGGCAUGUCAGAGGUACAGCAGGGCUGGCUGGCUCUGGCAAUCCCUGGGGCUGCCUUCUCAAGGAACUCUUGGUAACUGGCUCCGGCUCCGGGACUUUGAGCUUUGCUGCCCUACAGCUGCAGAGAUCCUGGCCCCAGAGGAAAGCUGAAGUGAGGCCUGAGAGCUCCACCCUCGAUAUCCAUGAGGCAAAGAUAUCAAUAAUCUGCUUCAGCUGUAAUCUACUUGCACUGGAAAAACACGGUCACAGCUGCUUUCUCUCAUUUAUAGCUGGGGGAAGAAGAAUAUUAAAGUGUUACAGUAAAACCAAAAAUCCUUAAGAUACCAAAAAUAAAAAAAAAAACCAAACAACUAAACCAAAACCUAGCAAAGCCUCAGAGGGUUUUCUUUCUGAGCAUGAAACAGUGAUUCAAUAAUCAAUUAGUUUCAGAAUCCAUAACAUAAAUCUUGAAUAUGUAUUAAUAUUGAUGUCUACAGCGCUGCCUAAUAUGACUAAUGUUCUAAUGUCAGUCAUGCUAAAGAAGAUAUGGAGAUAAGAGGUAAACCUUCACUAAAGCAAUAGAUCUAUGUAGAUAAGUUGCAACAUGAUUAUUAGUACCUGAAAUGUCCAUGUGUUACGUCUUUCAAUGCACGUUUCCACAUAUGGCAGUCAUGGUAUUGACAAGGCCCUGCCAUGUUGUUAUGGGGGCAUGCCAGAGGUAGCAGAAAGGGUAAUUAUGUGCCUUAGGCUGGAUUUGUGGGGGACUAGGCACAGCACUGAAAACAGUUUUUAAACACAUUGUUCCCCAGUGGAAUUUAUCCUGUAAUCCUCGGUUCCUGACUUCUCCUUGCUUCUCUGGCCUCCCAAAAGCUGAGAGCUGUGCUGGACAUCACCUACAGAAUUUGAUAAGACACACUGUCCCUCUUGCACCAUGAAGAGGUGCCAAGCUCCAUUAUAAUCUUUUUCAACCUGGAGUCAAGGCUUAGUCUCUUACUACUGCACAGAGCACUCCAUGUCUGGCUACCAAGCACAAGAGCUAGGCUCUUUGAGCCUUUGCUGGUAAAGCUGUUGUACUUAGCUUCACGUAUUUCUAAUACUCAUUUGAACAGAAGCUGGAAUCUCAAGCUGCCUAUUAUUCAAGUUUCUUUCUGCUUUUUACCUUUUCCCAAAUUUUUACUCUUGUUAGUCAAAAUUAAACUUUAAAUGCAAGGCACUAGAAGAGACCUAUCAAAAAAUACUCAGUUCCCAGUAUUAUGGACAGUGCCCAUACUAUAUCUUUUCCAUUUUAAAUCUGCAUAUUCCAUCUCUCACCAGAUGUCCAAACUAGCUGACUUUAGAAGGGGAAACCAUUGCAGUGGCAUAGGCAACCUUCUCAUGUUUUUAGAGGGCUGGAGAAGGUCCCUGCACGCUUUGUGUGCUGAACACACAUGAAGAGAAAAGCCAGUGGGGCACAGGUUUGAUAAAUGCACUGAUCACUGUACUGCUGCCAAGACAUGGAUGUUUCCUGGACAUGUUAGGAUACUGGAAGCUGCAGAAAAUAAAGUGGUAGAAUCUGUCUAAAGAGUGUGAACAAUAAAGUUUUGGUCUUGGGUGCCUCAAGUGGUAGUUACGGGUCUUUUGGCCUACUGGUUCCUCCAUCACUCCUCCGAGAUGCCCAAGCUGGCUCUGGGAACAGAAGCUGUGAAGUCAGGACAGUACAGGGUUAUGCCCAUGCAAGUUUGCCACUCUGAGGGACAGAAUGCAGUGUGCCAGACAGGCACACUGGGAGCAUGUGGCUACACACCUUUGCAGACCUGCAUAUGAGCUUUGAUGUGUCCUGUGCCACAUGGGUGUACAAACCCAUCAAUCUCUUCCACACCCUCCAACGUAUGGUGCGACCAUGUCUUUGUGUUGUCCUUGUGAAUAUAUGUCCUGCAGUGCCACCUGAAUGCACAGAGUUCCUUCCUCAUGACAAGAAGUGAGUGAAAAUGCGUGUGCUACUAAUUGAAUAGUAUUAAAAUAGGUUAUUUAAAAAGGUUUUCCUAGCCUGUGCUGCUACUUAGUUUUAAUAGCUGAAAGGCAGAAAGUGGCUGAUUCUUUCCUUUUAAGCCUUUUGCUGUGUUUGGAAUAGCACCACAACACAGUUAAAAGAAAAGUCCAAAGGAUUAUUAAUUCUACCCCAAAGUAUAUUCAUCAUCAGAGGGUUCAUCAUUAACAUAAACUGCUUGUUCUAUAGCUCCACAACAAGAACAGAUAGAGCUUGAAACUACUUUAUAGAGUUUCUGGACUGCAAAACCUUUAGUGUUGAAGUGCUGACUCCUUUUUUCUUUUGUCUGUCAGCACAAUUCUUACCAUCUGGAGUUAAUUUAGCAGAAAGGUGUGGAUGUAUAUUUGUCUUUCAAUCCACUCAAUAAAAUGUGACACGUUACUGUAAACUCCAGGUCCCAAAACCUUGGAAAAGCAGACAGAGCCCCAGGAUGUUAAACCAAACAAAGUCCAGCGCCCUGCAGGUUGCUCGCACACAAGUGGUCCUCCACUGUCACCCUGCAACAGAAGAGGGAAAAUCAGUCUCUUAUACAUGUGGCUAGCAGUCAUGGUUAAAGCUACGUCACAGUUCCUACAGCCAUUUGCCUUUAGUAAAUAACUCAGCUGUAAAAACCAGCUGCUCUGCUGAACAAUGUAGCAGCACACAGCAUUACCAGUAUUUAUUACAUUUGUACCAAAAAUUACCUGCAAAAGGCUCAUACAAAUUAAAAAGUUAACUAAUAUAGAUUAACCCUAGAGUCUUCAAGCAGCAUUUAAUUAUCAUGAAAUUGUUUACAUCAGUAGUAACAAUAAUAGUAAUAAUAAUAAAAGUUUGUUUAAAAUGUGUAAAUAGAUGGUUGUCAUUCCUAUAAUAAAGUAUGCUAUACCUAAUAAACAUCACACUACUUUGAUUUCUAAAAGCAAUUUUGACUGUUUCCAUAGAGAGAAGCCUACCAUGCAAGAGUCCACAGUGCCAGAUUCAUAGCCAGCACACAGCAUCCUGCUGGUGAUGAUUUUCAUGUCAAAGUAUGACUGGCAUUGUUCUAAGGAAAUGAUGCGAACCUCUCCUUCUUGAAGCUUGAAAGGCACUGAUAAACAGAAUUAAGCAUUAAACUAUAUGCAAACACACAAAUACUUAGCUAUGAUGGCUGUUUGAGAUAUGAGAAACAUUUUCAUUGGGAUGAAUUUUUAAUAUUGCUCUAUGUAUAUUAAAUGUAAGGAGUGAAGAAUCUCCCUUUAGCACAAAGCCAAGGUGAAAGCAAGUGUGUUUUUGCACUAUUGCAUUGCAGGAUUUGUGACUGUCAUGCUCCUGAGCCAGGAGCAUUAUGUGUUGCAUUCUGGAGAAGGACUGAGCACUAGUGUGAUGCUGUUUAUUGAACAUUCGCACCUUGACAUGAUAUGGUGUGGGAUUUCUAAGACAGGGGCAGCAGUGGUUGGAAAACAGUCAUAUGAGGAAGGUGAAGUUUGAUUCACUGUUCCAUGGCAGGAUCUCCCUGUUUCUUUUGUUUCUCAUGGUAAAGCCUGGUAUAAUCAAAGCCGUUUUGAGUUGUUUGGGUAAAUUUGACUUACAGAAUGUAUCAGGGAAUCAGAAUUCAAAGCUUAUUGAAAUGAUUGUAUCACUUUCAGGAGACAAUAAAGGACUUUUUUGUAGACUGGACAACUGAGUGAGCUCGAAUUCUAAUCAAGUUGUUCAAUCUAGGUGGUGCAGUAAUAAAUGGUUUUUGAUGCUUCCUAACAUAAAACCUUUAAAAGCAACACUGACCACAUUAGAGAACAAGAACCUUUUUCCAUUUACCAGUGCUGUGAAAGAGUUUUUUUGGGCUUUUUUUCCUGACAUUACAUAGAGAUAUUUUUAGAUGGAUAAAUCUGCUAGUAAAAGCCUGCACACACUCCUCAUGUGUGCAGUUUAAUUUUUACCCCAUUUGACCCAGCCACUGCAGCUGAAGUCCCACCUGAAGCAAAAUGGAAAGGAAAAUUUCCUUCUCCCGUGUACAGAAAAGCCAUCCCUAGUAAUUACUAUAAUAAUAGCAAAGGGAGAAACACAAUGGCUAGUACAUUAACAGGGUUGGGGCAGGCUAAUUUGCAUAUGAUUCAUGCAGAAUCAUUUUUCCUGAACAAAGAUUUACAUAACAGUUCUUGUCAUGGGACGCAAGGAUUGCAGUAGCCAAAGAACAAGAAAACACACUAACAUUCUGUUCAAAUACAAAACCAACAGCUGUGAUUAUGGAAUAAAUUGUGUCACAAGUA